GUUGGUGCGGGAAGCACCAGACGAUCGAACCUAUGUUUUGAUUAUGUCAAAGGGUCCAAAGUUAAGUUGUCUUAUGAUCUAACAAGGUUAAUUGAGCUUGCAAGAAAAGUCCUAAGUGUUCUUAGGCAAAAGUUCUAUUGGAUUCUAGGUAGAUGGGAAAUCCUAGGGGGUGAGAACUCAAGGUCCCAAGGGGUGGUAACACUAGGUGAUGAAAAGUCCUAGUUAUGGUUAGACAAGUGGAAAAAUCCUAGGGGGUGGUAACCCUAGGUCCUAGAGGCAAUAAACCUAGGUGGAAAGUCUUGACGAGUCGAGGUUCUUUGGGCGAAAUCCUAGAGUCGGGAACUCUACGUGAAAAUCCUAAUGGUCGCAGACCAGGUGGAAGGCUGGACGGGUUGAGAUCGGACGCCCAAUGGAGAAGACCUGAAGAUUCGGAUGCUGAGCACAAGUCCAGUUGAUCUGGAGGACUGGUCUGACAAAAGAUAAACUUUUCUGAGAGGAGUAAGUGAGGACACGUUCCCUGAAAAGAGAACAGUAGACAUCGGUUCGACCUAGAGUUUCGACGAAACUCAAAGUCAGAACCGGACAAUCAGAGGCUGUCAAAUUUCAUAUUAUAUAUGCUAUUUUUUUCUACCUGGACUAACUUUAUUUUGCAGAAAAUAAAGGGCUGGAAAAAACUAGUCCGAGCGCUUGGAGCUAGGGGUGCAAAUGAGUCGAGGCGCUCACGAGCGGCUCGGUCAAAGCUCGACUCGAGCUCGAGCCGAGCUCGAGCCGGCUCAUUUAACAUUCGAGCCGAGCUCGAGCUCAUUUAACAGUGGCUCGAAGGCUCGUCGAGCCAGGUUAAUUUAAUAUUUUAGUAAUUAAAAUUAUUAUUACUUUUAAAAUAAACAAUAAGUUAAGGAGGAGUUUGUGGCUAGAGCAUAUCAUUUGGUGUAUUUGAGGUCUACGGUUCAAAUCUCCAUUGGAACAAGUUUUUAAUUUAUUUUUCCAAGCCAAGCUCGAGCCGGCUCGAGCUCGACUUGAGCUUGACUCAAGCUCGAGCUCGAGCUUAAACUCACAAGCUCGAUCAAGCUUGAGCCGAGCUCGAGCCUAUGCAGUUUUCUCGAGCUCGAGCUCGAGCUGGCAUGAGCUCGAUUACAACCUUACUUGGAGCUGGUCCGGGCACCCGGAGUCGGUCUGAGCGCCCAGAACCCAAAAAUUAUCUGUAAGCUGAUGUGAUGCGUCGGUUGGCCGAACUACAUGGUCCAAGUGUCUGGAGUGGUUCCAGGCGCCUAGAGCAACCUAUAAAGCAGCAUUUGACCAGGAGCUUCACAACAACAUUACGAACGACUUUCGCUUUUUAGAGCUGUUCAAAAAACGCCUCUUCGACACCCGAAAGUUCCGGCGACGAUUCUACUAAAGAUCUCAUCAUACAAAAUUGUCGGUAGUCUUUAGUUUUCAAAUUACUUGUAAUCAUUUAAAAUUUUAUUUCUACUCUUUACGAUUGAUUAGUCUUUGCCUAUCGAAAGCAGUCUCAUGUGCGGACCUUGGAGCAGGAGUCAUCACAUACUCCGAACAAAAUAAAAAAAACGUAUUAGUGAUUGCUUGAUUUUCUUUCUGUCUUUCUGCUUUUACUCCGAUUUGAGUUUAAUUAUUAGUAGAAACUGUAUCACUUAGAGAUAAAUGAAAAGUGUCAAAGAUGAAAAAAGUUUUCUAGGUCAGAAACAAUAACAUGACUCAAAGGUCGAUGAAAGGUUCCAAAGAUGAAGAAAGCUUUUCAGGCCCGAAACAAUAAAAUGGCCCAGAGGUAGAUGAACGGUGCCAAAGAUGAAGAAGGUUUUCUAGGUCAGGAACAAUAAAAUGGCUCAGAGGUAGAUGAAGGGUGCCAUUUACUUAUGAACAAGGCUGUCUAAGCCAAAAACAAGAGCAUGACUGAAGGGCCGGGCAUCUCUUCUUUCGUGUCUUUCAGGCAAAAACGUUUUUCAGAUGAUUUCACACACACAAGGAACUUGAUUUGAAUAGGACUCACUGCAUCCGACCCGAUCCGAUUCCGGACCCCAAACCCCUCAAUCAAAUCGCGUCUAAUGGCUAUCCUCCGAAUCUGCGAAGCGGGCGGGAGAAGAGAGGAGGCGGGAGGGGAGGAGAGGAGAGGAGAGGAGAGGACGACGCGUUGAUAGGCGCGGCGGGGCGGCGUAAUCUUCUUCCUGCCGUCGCGAUCUUACAACGCCCUUGCGGUGAAAGCGAACAAGGAAAUUUCUAACGCCAGAUCUCCCCUUCUCCCCCAGAAAGAUUCGAUCUUUCUGUGUCGUUCCUCUUCCGAGGCAAUCAUUCGAUCGGGAACUGAGCACGCGCUCCGGCCCAUGAAGGGGCGGUCUCAGCUGCCCCAGGCGGAGCCUCCGGUCGACUGGGGCGACGGUUCCUGGACCGUGGACUGCUCCUGCGGUAUCACGUUCAAUGAUGGAGAAGAGAUGGUGAGCUGCGACGAGUGCGGAGUCUGGGUGCACACCCGCUGCUCCCGAUACGUCGGCGGCGAAGCCUCCUUCGCUUGCCACAACUGCAAGGCGGCCUUCCGUUUGCUCCGCUCCGCUCGUAACCUGGAAGCCGCCGACGAGGAGGAGGAGACCGAGGUCGCUCGUCUCCUCGUCGAGCUCCCUACCAAGACGGACGCCUGCCCUCCUCCCCCACCCGCGCUCCCGCCUCAGUCCCACGCCUCCGGAGCCGCCACCCACCGGCCACGCUUUUGUGGGCAAAUCCCCCUCGAGGAGCGCGUCUAUGUGCACGGAGUUCCUGUCGGGAAGCCCAGUUUGUUUGGGGAUUUUUCGACGCUUUUCACGUCUCAGCUCUGGAAGUGCACCAGCUACUUGCCCAAAAGCUUCAAUUUCAGAUACAAGGAGUUCCCUUGCUGGGAGGAGGAUGAGAAAGAGGAGAAAAAAGAGGAGGCAACUCAUAAAUAUGGAGAGGAGGUUGAGAACCCAGCCAACAGAGGCGCCGAUGUGCUGUUCUCCCUCUCCAAGGAAAUUUUUCCUUACGUCCCAGUGAAGAAAUUUGAUUCGGCUAUGAAACUUGAAGAAAGAAAAAUCCCCACAGGCAGCCGCUCUCUUAGCUGCAGAAAUAAAGAUAGGAGCAAGGUUAGGACAUUUGGGCAGGUGAAACUUGCUAAGAAGAGGAGGGAGGAGCCAAGAGAAGCAAAGAAUUGGAGCGGGAAGAAGAAAGCACGAAGUAUUGCUGACAAAAUCGCUGGUGAAAAUAAGAGGCGAGGUUCUAUUCAUUUCCCUGGGACAAAGAUAUACGAAUUUUAUGAGGACAAGGAUCUCCAAGUUGAAGAGGCAUGCAAUCCUGAUCCUAAAAGUGUGGAUGAAAAUGUAGAAAUAUCCUUGGAACCCAGUAGUUCUGGUGAGCCUAAGCACCUACAAACUAAUAGUAAUACAGGGAUAUCAUGCGAAGGUAACAUGUUUGGAGCACAAGCUAAGGUUGAGAAUCUUGAUCAGCUGGAAAAUUCUUCUAAAAUAUAUCUCACCUCCCCAUGUGCUGUAACUGACGUCACAACAUUUAGUAUUGAUGAGGUUGGCAGCAGUGCUGUGUAUUGUUUGAAACAGCCCAAAGACGAGAAUCCUCUAGGACAUUUUUCUAAAGCUUCUUUGCAUGUUGUAAUGGGCUUAGGAGCUCCAAAGCUUGCCAUUACUGAUCUUGCAAGUGGUUGUAAAGACUUUUUGGAUGAGCCAUUACUAUUAGGCUCAAAGCCUGCAGUUACACCAAUUACAAAAGUGGAGUUAAAUAAAGGAAUUAACGAGGCUGAUGGCCUAUCAACAGUGAAUUUGAAUGUUCCUGCUCGUCACACCCCUGGAAAGUUGUGUGAUUUAGCUGACCAACCACCACAACUAAUUAAUCACUUAUCUGAAAACAUUCAGAACCUAGAGAAUAGAUCCAGCUUUGCAUCUUUUGGACAAAGGCUCCAGGGUGUUAGAAGAGAGACUGAAGAAUUGAAAGAAGCAAUGCUUCCAAGAAAUGGUGAGACUAAGAAAAGACGAUUGAAGGAUUCAGUAGAACAUAAACAUUCCCCAGAGAUAGGACAUGGUUCAAAUACUAGAGGUGCUGGAGACUCACAAUCAUCUUUGAGCAAAUUGGUACCUGUUGAGUUGAAUUCCGCAGUCAGCGUCCUUAAGGAUUCUUCAACUUCAUCAAAUUAACUAUUUCAGGUGUUAACUUGUCCACCACGACAUCUAAAUCCUCAGCUGGUAAGGCUAGUAGAUUAACCAAACAAAAACGAGUAAAGGUGAACUCAAGUAUUGUUCACAAGGAAAAAAAUACACCAAUUCCAGUUAAAAUUCUGGAAGAAGUUUCUGAAAAUCCAGCAAAGUGCAAGUCAAAAAUUUCUAUAUUUUCUGGAUUUAAUCCACCACAAGGUACUAACACCUCUAAGCACUUGGUAUCUAGUACAAAAGAAGAAUCACCUUUCCGGUCUUCAAAAGUCUCUGCCAAACACACUGCAAUGGGAACUCUAAGGUCUGACAAUGUGGUUGGUUCAUGGCAGUCUCAAGUGGCUUCUGGUCAAACUAAGCCAGUUUCUUCAAACCUGUCUCAGAGAACUGUAAAGAGCCAUCAAACAGGUUCAUACACUUCAGAAAAAGCUUCAAAUGCCUCCAUGUUUAUGCAUGCAUCUGCCUCAUCUAAUGCUACCUUGAGAUUAAGUGAUGAAGAGCUGGCACUUCUAUUGCAUCAAGAAUUAAACAGCUCCCCUAGGGUUCCAAGGAUACCACGUGUGCGGCAAGCUACAGUUAUGCAAUCAGCCACCAACAGUGGUAUGAGUGUUUUCUCUAGACGUCCUGUCUAUGAAGGGAAGGAUCAAAUCUCGGUAUUUAGAAGGAAAAACAAAGAAGAUGGAUAUAGAAAUCUUAACUGCAAUUCUCAGGAGUUACAUGGUGACAGCAGGAAGAAGGCUAGGAUGGCAUCAUUUGCAUACCACAAACGUCAGCAAUUAGACAAGAAAAAAGAGUCACAUAUGAGAACCUCUGACAUGACAAUCAAAACUGUUCCUCUAGCCCCUAGGGAAGGUAAUAGAAAUGAUCCUUUUUCCUCUCCAGAGAUUAGUGAACAGAAUACCCCAGCAGCAUGCAGCUCAGUUGGCGAUGUUCAGAGAGAUGAUGGUAGUGUUAUUUGUCGCACUUUGCCUGGAUUAAUAGAUGAUAUAUUGAGCAAAACAAAGCACAUAACAUAUGAAGAGCUGUGUGGUGCUGUUCACCCUCAUUGGUAUGAACUGAGAAAACCCAACGGAGAGCGCUAUGCGUAUCCUACUUAUUUACAUGCUGUCCAUGACUGUUUACGGAAUAGGAGUGAAUGGUCUCAUUUGGUUGAACAAGGCCCCAAGACAAAUUCAAGCAAGAGGAGAAAUGUUGAAUUUGAUUCUGAUGCACCAACAAUUGAAUCUGAAAGUGAGAAGGCAAGUAGCAGAGCUUCAAAGGAUGAAGAUAAUGGAGUUGAAUCACACCGAGAUGUCCCAAAAGGCAAGCGCAAUGCACGGAAGCAUAGGCGGCUUGAUCUACGUGGCACAGGUUCAGAAGAGAGUAGGAAGAGGGACAACAGAGCUGCCAUUUCGGAUUGUCACACUCCUUUCUCACAUUCAAACAAUGAGGGCACUGAAUUGGCUUUUAGUGAGGAUGAAAAUCAAGGAGCUGGACCACAUAAUAUUGGGAACGAAACAUCAAGUUCCAGUUCAGAUGAUUCCGGCUGAUGCUCUUAGCUAAUCACAUUCUUGAUUUCUUCCUGAAAUAAUAGUGUCAGUCUGAUCAUUGAGAUUCAGCCUGUCGUGAAGGUUUCUUUGAGACCUAACUUUGCUUUCUGUGACUAGGAACUUUGUGUAUUGGUGUUUAGAGUGCUUUGAAGAGUGUCCAUUUCCUUUGACGCUGUUAACAAAUCCAAAAUGAUUGCCUGAAAGGCUCGCGUCAUUGUAUAUAUAUUUAGGUUUCAAGUUGUAAAUCUGAAAUGAUGCUUAGCAUUGCAUUUCUAUUGUCCUUCUUUUAUUUUGUUGAUUAUCAUUAUGUGAUGUUAAAA